CACAUUUUUCACUGUGCCAUGUUCCAAUUUGUCGUCUUUUAACAAUGAUUGACAAUUACUGUGUAAGUUGCUAGCCAGCUAGCUCUUUAGGGAGAUCAUGUUGUUGUUUGUUGCAGAGAUAAAAAUGGCAAAUGAUCUGGGAAUAGCCUUUUACAUCACCAUAUGCUGCGUAGUCUUCAUCAUAUCGAAGAUCGUUCUUAUGAUCCUCCUGUACAAGCGAUGGAAAAGAAAUAACGCUAUUCAUGAGCAAGGCUUCUCAGGUGGGAAGAUGGUGAUGUUCAGAUCACCAUUGUUGCAGUCACUAACAUCUGAUGUGUUCUUAAAGUGCAUAUUGAAAUUAACCAACAAAGACAUCAUCGGCUCCGGCGGGUACGGUACGGUUUACAGGUUAACGAUAAACGAGACCAUGUCCUUUGCUGUCAAAAGGCUUAACAGAGGAACUGCAGAUAGAGAUACAGGAUUCGAGAGAGAAUUGGAAGCCAUGGCCGAUAUCAAGCACCGCAACAUCGUAACUCUCCACGGAUACUACACCAAUCCUCACCACAAUCUUCUUAUCUAUGAGCUCAUGCCUAAUGGAAGUCUGGAUUCUGUUCUUCGUGGUAAAUCAAUGGACAAUAAGGUUUUGGAUUGGCCAACAAGGUCUAAAAUAGCACUAGGUGCUGCAAGAGGAAUAGCAUAUCUUCACCAUGAUUGUAUCCCUCAUAUAAUCCAUAGGGAUAUAAAAUCAAGCAACAUACUACUGGACCAGAACAUGGAGGCUCGGGUCUCCGAUUUCGGGCUAGCCACAUUGAUGGAACCAGACAAGACUCAUGUUUCAACAUUUGUUGCCGGAACCUUUGGAUAUUUAGCCCCAGAAUAUUUCGAUACCGGAAGAGCAACAGCAAAAGGUGAUGUUUAUAGUUUCGGAGUUGUUUUGCUUGAACUUUUAACCGGAAAGAAACCGAUGGAUGAAGCAUUUUUUGAGGAAGGAACAAAGCUUGUAACAUGGGUAAAGGGAGUUGUUGAAGAAAGGAAGCAAGAAUAUGUGGUUGACAGUAACUUAGGUUGUUGUCCUGGUGAUGAGAUCAAAAUUAUAUUCAAUAUAGCAUUGAUGUGCCUUCAAACUGAUCCCUCCAAGAGACCAACAAUGGCUGAGGUUGUCAAAAUGUUGGAGCAGAUCAAAGUCUGAGAAAUCUGUAACUGAUUCUUAAUGUUGCUGUCAUAGAUUACUCAUCAUUUUUUAUCCUUUCUUUCCCAUGUUUUUGAUUGAAUGAUCGUGAAAGAGGAAGAGGUGAAACUCGACAGUUGU